GCAGCUCCAACCACAACCACAGCGGCUACUACCACAACAACAGUUGCUCUAACCACAACUACAAUAGCUCCAACCACAACAACAGAGACACCAACCACAACAACAGCAGCUCCAACCACAACAACAGUUGCUCCAACCACAACAACAGUAGCUCCGACGACAACAACAGUGGCUCCAACCACAACCACAGCUGCUGCAACCACAACAGCUUCUCCAACCACAACCACAACAGCUCCAACCACAACAGCUGCUUCAUCCACAACAUCAAUUCCUUCAACCACAACAGCUGCACCAACCACAACCACAGCAGCUCCAACCACAACAGCUUCUCCAACCACAAAAACAGCGUCUCCAACCACAACCACAGCUUCUCCAACCACAACAAUUCCUUCAACCACAACAGUUGCACCAACCACAACCACAGCUGCUCCAACCACAACAAUUCUUUCAACCACAACAGGUGCUCCAACCACAACCACAGCAGCUCCGAGCACAACCACAGCUGCUCCAACCACAACAAUAAUUCCUUCAACCAUAACAACAGCAGCUCCGACGACAACAACAGUUGCUCCAACCACAACCACAACAGUUGCUCCAACCACAACAACAGCAGCUCCGACGACAACAACAGCUGCUCCAACCACAACAGCUGCUCCCACCACAACAACAAGUCCUUCAACCACAACAGUUGCUCCAACCACAACCACAGCAGCUCCGACCACAACAACAGUUGCUCCAACCACAACAACAGUAGCUCCGACGACAACAACAGUUGCUCCAACCACAACAGCUGCUCCCACCACAACAACAAUUCCUUCAACCACAACAGCUGCACCAACCACAACCACAGCUGCUCCAACCACAACAGCAGCUCCAACCACAACAACAAUUCCUUCAACCACAACAGCUGCACCAACCACAACCACAGCAGCUCCAACCACAACCACAGCAGCUCCGACCACAACAACAGUUGCUCCAACCACAACAACAGUAGCUCCGACGACAACAACAGUUGCUCCAACCACAACAACAAUUCCUUCAACAACAACAGCUGCACCAACCAAAACAACAGAAGCUCUAAACACAACUACAGUAGCUCCAACCACAACAACAGAGACACCAACCUCAACAACAGCAACAGCAGCUCCGACGACAACAACAGUUGCUCCAACCACAACCACAGCAGCUCCGACCACAACAACAGUUGCUCCAACCACAACAACAGCAGCUCCGACGACAACAACAGUUGCUCCAACCACAACAGCUGCUCCCACCACAACAACAAGUCCUUCAACCACAACAGUUGCUCCAACCACAACCACAGCAGCUCCGACCACAACAACAGUUGCUCCAACCACAACAACAGUAGCUCCGACGACAACAACAACACCACCCACAACAACAGCAGCUCCAACCACAACCACAGCGGCUACUACCACAACAACAGUUGCUCUAACCACAACUACAAUAGCUCCAACCACAACAACAGAGACACCAACCACAACAACAGCAGCUCCAACCACAACAACAGUUGCUCCAACCACAACAACAGUAGCUCCGACGACAACAACAGUGGCUCCAACCACAACCACAGCUGCUGCAACCACAACAGCUUCUCCAACCACAACCACAACAGCUCCAACCACAACAGCUGCUUCAUCCACAACAUCAAUUCCUUCAACCACAACAGCUGCACCAACCACAACCACAUUGCAACAACCACAACAACAGUAG